AGCAGCUGCUCCCGGAGCUCACAGGGCUGCUCAGCCUCUUGGACCAUGAGUACCUCAGCGACACCACCCUGGAGAAGAAGAUGGCCGUGGCUUCCAUCCUGCAGAGCCUGCAGCCCCUCCCAGCAAAGGAAGUCUCCUAUCUGUAUGUGAACACAGCCGACCUCCACUCGGGCCCCAGCUUUGUGGAGUCCCUCUUUGAAGAAUUUGACUGUGACCUGAGUGACCUUCAAGACGUGCCAGAGGAUGAUGGCCAGCCCAGCAAAGGAGCCAGCCCUGAGCCAGCCAAGACCCUAGCUCUGAAGAAUGCAGCUGACCUGCCUCCACCACUCCCCAACAAGCCUCCACCCGAGGACUACUAUGAGGAGGCCCUUCCCCUGGGACCUGGCAAGUGCCCCGAGUACAUCAGCUCCCACAACAGCUGCAGCCCGGCCCACUCAAUAGUAGAUGGUUACUACGAGGAUGCAGACAACAGCUACCCUGCAACCAGGAUGAAUGGGGAGCUGAAGAACUUCUACAAUGACUCUGACGCCAUGAGCAGCUCCUACGAGUCCUAUGAUGAGGAGGAGGAGGAAGGGAAGGGGCAGCAGCCCACACACCAGUGGCCCUCAGAGGAGGCCUCCAUGCACCUGGUGAGAGACUGCAGGAUAUGCGCCUUCCUGCUGCGGAAAAAGCGCUUUGGGCAGUGGGCCAAGCAGCUGACUGUCAUCAGGGAGGACCAGCUUCUGUGUUACAAAAGCUCCAAGGACCGACAGCCAUAUCUGAGGCUGGCCCUGGAUACCUGCAAUGUCAUCUACGUGCCCAAGGACAGCCGGCACAAGAGGCAUGAGCUGCGCUUCUCCCAGGGGGCUGCUGAGGCCCUGGUUCUGGCACUGCAGAGCCGGGAACAGGCUGAAGAGUGGCUAAAGGUCAUUCGAGAGGUGAGCAAGCCCUUUGGAGCAGCUGAGAAUGCAGUGGUCCCCAGGUCCCCAAUCCUCUUGUGCAAGCUGGACCCAGACAAGAGGCUGUCCCAAGAGAAGCAGACCUCAGACUCUGACAGCCUGGGCCUGGGCGACAACUGUUCCACCCUUGGCCGCCGAGAGGCCUGUGACCAUGGCAAAGGGAAGAAGAGCAGCCUGGCUGAGCUGAAGGGUUCAGUGAGCAGGGCUGCAGGCCGUAAGAUCACCCGCAUCAUCAGCUUCUCCAAGAAAAAGCCGCUAGUUGAUGACCUGCAGACGUCCUCCACCGAGGAGGAGGUUCCAUGCUGUGGCUAUCUGAACGUGCUGAUCAAUCAGGGCUGGAAGGAACGCUGGUGCCGUCUGAAGUGCAACACUCUGUAUUUCCACAAGGACCGUGCAGACCUGAGGACCCACGUGAAUGCCAUCUCCCUCCAUGGUUGUGAGGUGGCCCCAGGAUUUGGGCCCAGACAUCCAUUUGCCUUCAGGAUCCUGCGCAACCGACAGGAAGUUGCUAUCUUGGAGGCGAGCUGCUCAGAGGAUAUGGGCCGAUGGCUUGGCUUGCUGCUAGUGGAGAUGGGCUCCCGAGUCACCCCUGAGGCACUGCACUAUGACUAUGUGGACGUGGAGACCUUAACCAGCAUCGUCAGUGCUGGGCGCAACUCCUUCCUAUAUGCACGUUCCUGCCGGAAUCAGUGGCCUGAGCCCCGAAUCUAUGAUGAUGUUCCUUAUGAAAAGAUGCAGGACAAGGAGCCUGACCGUACCACUGGGGCCCAGGUGAAGCGCCAUGCCUCUUCUUGCAGUGAGAAGUCCCAUCGAGUAGACCCACAGGUCAAAGUCAAGCGCCACGCCUCCAGUGCCAAUCAAUACAAGUAUGGCAAAAACCGAGCUGAGGAGGAUGCCCGGAGGUACCUGGUAGAAAAAGAGAAGCUAGAGAAAGAGAAAGAGACAAUCCGGACAGAGUUGAUGGCACUGCGACAGGAGAAGAGGGAGCUGAAGGAGGCCAUUCGAAGCAACCCAGGAGCAAAGUUAAAGGCUCUAGAGGAGGCCGUGGCCACCCUGGAAGCUCAAUGUCGGGCAAAGGAGGAACGCAGGAUUGACCUGGAGCUGAGGCUUGUGGCGGUGAAAGAGCGCUUACAGCAGUCCCUGGCUGGCGGCCCAGCCCUAGGGCUCUCUGUGACCAGCAAGAACAAGAGUGGGGAAAUUGCAAAUAAACCCCAAAACAACGCCUCAGAACAACCUCUCCCUGUCAACUGUGUUUCUGAGCUGAGGAAAAGGAGCCCAUCCAUCGUAACCUCCAGCCAAGGAAGGGUAUUGCAGAAAGCCAAGGAAUGGGAAAUGAAGAAGACCUGGAAAGAGGAUAAAGAUUUUAUCCCAAAGAACAUAUCAGCUUGUCCAUCUAAGGCAGAAAAUCUUUCUUUACAAGGAUACACAGGAGAAGACUAG